AUGGAAUGUGCAUCUAAAGAAGUCCUUAUUCGAACAUUUCAGACAGAAAAAAGAUAUCUUCUUUAUGGAUAUUUUUAUCCUUCUUCAAGUAUAAAAAUCUCUUCUAUUCUUAUUGGCAUAUUUAUGCUUGUCUACUCCUGGACGGAAUUUUUUUCGAUGGUUGCCGUUUUAUUCGUAGAAAAAGAUAAUUUGACAAAACUUUCCGAAACACUUCUCUUUUGUAUGACACAAGCGGCGUUUUUAUGCAAACUUACUAACUUUUUAAGCAAAAACAAAAAAAUGUUUAAAAUUGAAGAAAUACUAACAAGUCCGAUUCUCACUAACCUAAGUCACUCCGAGAUGGUAGUUUUAGACAACUAUAUAAUUGAAGUGACUUAUCUCGGACGAUUGUUUAGAGUUUUGUGUAUUCUUACAGUAGCCUUUUAUGGAAUGUUCCCGUUUAUUGACGAGGAUCCUGAACACAUGCUACCUUUACCAGGAUGGUUUCCUUUUGAUAUUAAAACGUAUCAGUAUGAGCUGGUAGCGGCCCAAACUAUUGGAAUUGGAAUAGGAGCUUUUAUUAAUUCUACUUUAGAUAUUUUACCUACAAUCUUGAUUACUUUGGCCUCUGCCCAGUUUGAUAUUUUAAAAGAAAGGUUACGGACUGUGAUGAAAGUCGAUGAACGUUGGGAAAUAAGUUCAAAAAUUGUAAAAAAGAGAUUAAAUAAUUGCAUUAUGUAUCACAAUUUUCUUUUACAAUACAUGAAAGAAGUAGAAAGUCUCUUCAGUAAUGGUAUUUUAGUACAGUUUGCCGCAAGUGUUAUGGUUAUCUGUCUCACUGGAUUCCAAAUGCUGCUGAUUUCUGUGAAAAGCAUGCAGUUUAUUUUACUGAUGAUUUAUUUUUCCACCAUGACUUGUCAGAUUGUGCUGUAUUGCUGGUAUGGAAAUGAGCUGAUGUAUAAGAGUAUGGGUUUGUCAGAGGCUUGUUAUAUGUCUGAUUGGAAUAUGUGUAACUCUGAAAUUUGUACAAGUCUCUAUAUUAUUAUGGAAAGGGGUAAAAGACCAUUGGUUCUGACUGCUGGAAAAUUGUUUUCCCUUACUCUUACGACACUUAUGACAGUUCUCAAAUCGUCUUACUCCUAUUUUGCAGUACUUCAACGAUUAUAUAGUAAGAAUGACUAAAACCAUAACAAAAGCCUCAGGCAAAACGUCAUAAAUAUAGUGAAUAACUGUAAAACGCUUCUAGGUUUUUUGAUGUAUUCUAAUGAUGUCCUAGCAAAAAGUUGAAUUGUUUUAUUUAGACUUAUCUAUAUAAAAUAUUCAUUAAGCUAACACAUUAUUUUCUCUUUUCUGC